AUGAUGCAGGUCCUGAGCUCGCUGUCCGAACCGAGAGGGCAUGUCUUCUCCUACGACGCGUCCGUUGUCGCUUCCGCCACGGCCCUUGCAACGCCACGAGCCAGUGCGCCCGAUGACUUCGCGUCGCUCCUGCUUGCAAUAGAGAUCAUCAAGGAGCAGGAAAGCGAGCCAGAGAAGGAAGACAGCAGAAAGAGAAACCGGGAGGAUGACGAGUCUGAUUACGGCAAUGACCAUGUGUCCAAGCGCCACAGAGUCGGCGACGCUCAGCUUGUAUUGUGGCCACCGUAUGAGCCUUACGGGUCACCAGAGGCGGAGUCAUGUUCAGAGGAAGAGACUGACGCGACCAUGUCGGAUGAGGAAGGAGAGGAUGGCUUCGAAUGGUCAGGUAGAAACGAAGAAACUGAAGAUGAGGACAUCUGUUACGAUGUGUCCGUUGGCCAGCGAGCCAUUGUCACAUACCGUGAUGGCGAGGAGUGUUUUGACGAAGCGCCAUUGGAUGGCGAAGAAACUGAGGAUGAGGGGCAUGAAGAGGCUGCCAGCCAUAUGCCGCGAAACGGCAGCUUAGAGUGGCCUAAACAGGAUGUGCCAUCCGACGUAGAGGUCCUUAAGGAGGACAUAGCUAACAUACCGCGAGACGGUUGUACAAAUGACGUGAAAUAUUUUGAGGAUGCGUCAUCUGAUGAGGAAGAUACUGAGGAUGAGGGCAGGGACCACAUGUCGCGUGAGGAUAGUACAAAUGAUGACGAAUAUUCUGAGGAAGUUGUAUCGUUUGAGGAGAACCCGAGGGCUGAAGAGGACGACUCUUGGCUGGAGGUCUUCUCUGACUCAGACGACAGCUCCAAUGACGAGGAGACAUAUGUACCCAAGAAAAAGGAGAAGAAGAGAGAGCCCUGGCUAUGGAAAGUGGCAUGCCAAGACCGUAUUGAAACAAUUUUGAAUGAAUAUUGCAGCAUCGACGAGGUUGGUGACGAGAACUUCGCACGGGCCUUAGAUAUAGACAUGGAUCGUUACCUUGGCUUCCCGGUCCCUCAAUACGGCGAAAACAGCUGGCUGCCCCGACUCGCCGACAUGCCUGCCUUCGCGCUAGUUGACCCAGAUGAGCAUCCUAUGGAGUGGAGGGGGACUCCUGCACGCUCUGCAUCGGGGAAUUAA